AUGAAUGAAUCAAUUUUAAAUCAUUUAUUUCUUCCUCAUGGACUACCAUCUUCAGCAUACGCUGAUUAUUUAAUUCAAUCCAAUCAUGAAAAUGAAUACAAAAUACUUGAAUGUAUGAAUGAAUACUUGCAAUCUUUAGAUACAAAGAAUGAAUUACCAAUCUUAUCAAUCCUUAGAACAUGUACUAAACGUUGGUCGAUCAUACAGAAUAUGAAAAAUUGCUCUGUUCCGCUUUUACAAUCAACUAUACAAAAGUUAUCACCGGGUGAUUUUCUUCCUCUCUAUUUCCAUGCUCAAAAUGCUGUAAUUUUGAUUGAAAUCGAUGAAAAUCCUCUCAAUCAACCAUUGAUCUCAUCUUGGCAAGUAUUAUUACCAACAGAAACUAUAACAUCAUCACUAGAACCACAUCUUUCUUGUUUUCCUGUUCCUACAUUUUGCUUACCUGAUCGGUCCCAACUAUUAUCUUCUGUCCAUUGUGAGCUACUUUUAGAAUUUAUGAACAAUACAAUUGAACAUUCAAAAUCUUACAAAUCAUCUUACACAUUCGAUGAAACUCGAGAAGUACCCAUAUCACAUUAUGUAUGCCAAUGGUGGAUCACACACUUUCAAGACGUUCAAAUCGACAAUCAAGUCAAUACAUCCAUUUCGUUUAAGAAAAAACAUCGCGAUCAAAUUCGAUAUAAGAGUUCGGCAUUUCCUUUUCGACGAUCUGGUUUAUGGAUGACAAUGAAAGUUGUUUUUCAAAGUAUUCUAACAAAACGUUUAGGAAAGAUUGGUACUAUCGUUUAUAAAUUACUUAUUACUGAUUUUUUAACUUAUUUUAUUUCUACAAGAGAAAAACUAAUAAGACCUUGCAUAUCGACUGAUCUUCUUAUACAUUGUCUUCGAAAGAUUGUACGACGAUUGAACAAAAUCGAAGUUUUGUUAACAUCGAGUGAUUCGAGGGAUGUGAAUCCAUGGAUGGAAAAUAUAAGAGAAGAAAUUAAACAAAAAAUUGAUCGUAUUAUUCCAAAUUUAGAUUGGCAAAAAUCCAUCGAGAAAAAUCAAAAAGAAAAUAUGCAAACACGGUAA